AUGACUCCCUCCUAUGCAGAAGACACACCCCCUCGAACACAUCCCGAACGAACAGGUAUGGAGCCGCUACAAAGAAACACUCACAUCGAAGUCGACAUACGCUACUCUCCCCUGCGUUUUGGAUACCCGAAGCUUCCGUCCCUCCCUGUGCAGACCACUGUUGUUAAUGCGUCCAACUACAUUCGCGAACGGAUAGAACUGUUCCAGCACUGCGCAGAAAUUCUCGAACGAGGACAAAUCGAAGUGGUAGACAGGUUUCUCGCCAUUCGCCACCACGAGGGGGAACGGGAACCCGAUAAAUUCAUCACGUUAGUGUUCUUAACUAAGUUACCAAGCAUUGACACAGAUGUCUCUUCGCGGUGUGUGCUAGACAUUGCGAAUUACUGCAAUACAAAAGGAGUCCACUAUCUAAUCGAACUCAUCACUAACGCCGCACUCUAUGGUGGAUUCACUUUUGCUAUCCACCCAAGCGAGCGCGAUUUGAUAACACUAUGGGAGGACAUAUCGACCACAAUAGUAGACCGCCUCUCCUAUUUUCAAGACCAGAAGAAGUGCACCUGGCAGACGCUUGACUUUCUUCGCCGAGGGGGAAGUGAGUGUAGAGAGGACUGCCCUGCCACCAUGGUUAUUGGAUCACCAGAUGCCGAUGAAGAUUUUUGGUGGACUAUUGGUCUUGCUGAAUUGAGAUCACUUACACAUGGGCGAUUUUGUAUCGAACUCCUCUACUCCAAAGCCUACGAGGUCAUGGACGACCACAUGGUGACUACAACCGCAUACGAGGAUCCCGUUCUCCCAGGAGCAUCCAUCUCCUCCGGAUUAGGGAGUGGAACCCUUGGGGGACAAAUUAAAAUUGAGACUCAGGCCGGCGUCAGAGCCUUUGCCCUCACAAACCACCACGUAGUAGUGGGUAAGGACCUUGAGCAAAGUAAACUCCCCAUAUAUUGUUUACACAUGCACACUCUAAGCCUGAAUCUAGUCAACGGCGAACACAAUCCAAUUUAUCCCAACAACCAACUCUUACUCUCCAAUCCCACUGUCAUCUCGAGUCCAGCCGACGAAGAUCACCGAUUGUGGAUUUCCACCAUCACGAAAGAAAAAAAAUUCUGGAAAGACCGUAUCGACGGUCCGAAAGGGCUAAAAGAAAAAUUCGACCUCCUCCAGGCAGGCGAAAAGCCAACCUGGCUUCAAGAAGACUCUAAUAGCCUAUUAAAUAAGCUCAAUGCGGCAGAGGAGGCACUGAAAACCCUCCAUUCAGACAUGGAUACAGUCUAUGACUGUAACAGGGUCCUUGGCCAGUUAGCGGCAGCGUCUGGAAGACGCACAAGGGACGGGCACGAAAACCCUCAGCCACCCCGGCCAGUAGAACGAAGGGGCAGGGUUCUGCCUUGGCUUAUGGAUUGGGCGGUUAUAACCCUAGACUCAGGUCGAACUGUCCAGAACACUUUGGGUGGACCCCACCUGAAGGAGGGCAAAACUCGGCUCACCGUGGGGCAAGAUGCCAAUGCGUAUGAGGUUCUUGAUCGCAAUGAAGCACAUCUAGUUGCGUAUCGUGGGCGUACAAGUGGAUGGAUCUUCGGGGAACUUAAUGGUACAUACUCGAUCUUGAACAAAUUCACAACCUGCAAGGUCGCCGAGGAAUACGACCUCUCUGGGUCCUCACCGGCCUAUAGCUGGGCCAUCGUGAACAAGGACAAAAAAUCAGACUUAACAGCAAAAGCCGGUGACUCCGGUAGCGUGGUCUUCCUUGACCGCUCUUACGGAGUGAAUGAGGAUGCUCGCUGGGUAGGGCUUGUAUUUGGUCAAAGCCCAAGUAAAGUGGGAUAUAUGAUCCCGAUUCACCACCUUUUCAAGGACAUCGAAGAGGUCUUUGGAGGAACGAUCAUCGAACCACAACGCACCACUACGACAUAG